UAAUCGGUAUUUGUAUUUUGCAAUUUGCAGGAGUACAUAAAUAUCGUCAAUUCAUUUUGGGUUUAAUUGUAAUAUAAUUGAAGUAAGAUUCAUUUGAAACCCUUGCAGUUGAAUCAUGCAGUCCAUCAAAAACUAUUACAGUCAAUAGCAGUUCUAUCAGAUUUGUAAUAAUCAAAAUAGUCGCAUGAAAAUGGUUUUACUAUCUUCUUUUACUGUUAAGUCAUUUUAUAGAAAACUAGGUAGACAGUGUACUAAUUUAAAACAUGUACAUACAUUCUGUGCGGGAACUUUGCGUUAUGAUGUAAGGACUUUGCCAGCUGAAACUAGGAGGUCUGCAAGAUAUUUCACUACAUCUUUUCGUUUCUACGAUAAAAGCGAAAAGAAGAAAGACAUAAAGCAAGUAGAACAUAGUCAAAAGGCACAAAAACUAAUAGUUCAGAAGCCUCAAGGAAGUAUAAGUGUGAAAGCAGAAACAGAUGAUGACAGUACUGUUACAAAAGUCACUAUUCAGAAGGUCCAAGCUGCAUCUAAGGAGGCUGCUCCCCCACCUGUGAAAAAGCGACUCCUUAUAGAUUUCUCCGCUUCCUACACUGAACGUAACUUCAUAACACCCAUGAGAGCCAUGACAGAAUACUUGUUAAAGCAAUCUGACUUGGAGUCCCUCCCGAAGGUAUUGAGGAGAUCCCCGUAUGAGGCAGAACCACCGAUAACUGUUUAUUAUAGAAAGGAUGUGGAAGCUAAGGCUAUUGAGGUUUGGGGCUCUAAGGAAGCAUUAGAUAAAGAAUUAUUGAGAAGAGAAUUAGACAGAAGAAGAUACGAACAAGAUGUAUUUACUGUCAAGAGGCGGUUAAGGAAUUACAGGAGAGAACUGAGCCAUAAAAAAGAUGAUGAAGAAUCCGGGCUGAAGACUCGAUCGGGCCGGGUGGUGUUGACAGCAAUAGGAAUCUUUAAAGACUCCGAAGUCAUAUUAUUUAGAGAACACAUGGCGGACCCGGACCAUCCUUACGGGUACACAAACAUGCGAUACGUGUCAUCGCUCAUAUCCGGCGUGGGCAUAUUCUGCGUCGGCAGCGGCUUGUCCUUUUAUCACGGGGUCACUGGCAUCUUAGAUCCGCAGCCGCUCCAUGACUUCUUCUGGGCCUACUUCGUGCUAGGCGGCGCAGUGGUUUCUGAAGGUGCGACGUUAAUGGUAGCCCUGAACUCCUUACGGAAGGGCGCCAAGGAAGCGGACACCACGCUGUAUGAAUACAUAAUGCGCAGCUCAGACCCGUCUGUGAAUGUGGUUCUGUUAGAAGACACGGCGGCCGUGGCGGGGGUGGUAGUGGCGGCGACUUGCAUGGCUGUCUCCCAGUACACUGGUAACCCGCUGCCUGAUGCGGUCGGCAGUAUACUGGUUGGAACUAUACUGGGAGGAGUGGCUUCAUUCAUCAUACUUAGUAACGUGGGCGCACUGGUUGGCAGAUCUAUUCCGCAAGAGCAGCUGGACGAAAUCAACAGCGUCCUUGAAAGAGACUUCAUGAUACGCGCCAUCCACGACGUCAAGGGCAUCGAUAUAGGCAGCAAUCUGAUCCGAUACAAGGCUGAAGUGGACUUCGACGGGAGAGCACUCACGAGAUCUUAUUUGGAGAAGCACGACCUAAAUGCGUUACUAGAGGAUAUGAAGAAAAUACAAACAAUUGACGACGUGGAAGCAUUCUUGUUGAAGCACGGAGAGAAUAUAGUCGACAUGCUGGGCGGAGAAAUUGACAGAAUAGAACUCAAGUUAAGGAAAAAGUUUCCUCAAGUGCGGCAUUGCGACUUAGAAAUCUUGUGAAGAGGCAGCAAAACUGAAGAUAUAAAUAUAUUUUAGGGGAUUAGCUAGCAAUACGUUAAAAGCAUUGUGUAAAAAUAUGUGUUACAUUCUGCCCGGUAGUGGGGCAGAAUGAGGAGGCACACUCAAAGAUUAUGACACCUUCAUCAUUGCACAGAUAAAGAAUUUCAUACGUGAGAGCGAGAAAAUAU